AUGCAAUCCGUGGCCAUAAACAACGUGGCGGACAUCAGCGUGAUUGUGGGGUACUUCCUCUGCGUCGUCGGCGUCGGCGUUUGGUCGAUGUUUCGGACCAAUCGGGGCACAGUGGGCGGGUACUUCCUGGCCGGGCGCUCGAUGACCUGGUGGCCCGUGGGGGCGUCGCUGUUCGCCAGUAACAUCGGCAGUGGGCACUUUGUGGGUUUGGCGGGAACAGGAGCGGCCAGUGGCAUCGCCGUCGGGGGCUUCGAGUGGAACGCCCUGUUCAUAGUCCUGCUCCUGGGUUGGGUGUUCGUGCCGGUCUACCUCACUGCGGGGGUGAUCACGAUGCCGGGUUACCUGAAGAAGAGGUUUGGAGGCUCCAGGAUCAGCCUGUACUUGUCCGUCAUCUCUCUGUUCCUCUACAUCUUCACCAAAAUAUCAGUGGACAUGUUCUCCGGGGCCGUGUUCAUUCAGCAGGCUCUGGGGUGGAACAUCUACAUCUCUGUGAUCGCUCUGCUCAUCAUCACCGCCCUCUACACCAUCACAGGAGGUCUGGCGGCUCUGAUGUACACAGACACAGUGCAGACGUUUGUGAUCAUCGCUGGAGCCUGCGUCCUCACCGGGUUCUCGUUCUCGGAGGUGGGCGGGUACAGCGAGCUCGUGCGCAGGUAUCCUCUGUCUCUGCCUGUCAACCGCUCGUCUCUGGACCCUGAGCGGUACCACGUCGCCCCCUUGUGUUACACUCCGCGCGCUGACGCCUUCAGUCUCCUGCGCGACGCCUCCACCGGAGACCUGCCCUGGCCCGGAGUCCUGCUCGGGAUCGCCAUCGUGGGAGGGUGGUACUGGUGCACGGACCAGGUGAUAGUCCAGAGGUGUCUUGCCGCUCGCAGUCUCACAGACGUUAAGGCCGGCUGUAUUCUCUGUGGGUACCUCAAAGUCCUGCCCAUGUUCCUGAUGGUGUUCCCCGGGAUGAUCAGCCGUGUUCUGUACCCAGAUGAGGUUGGCUGCGUGGUGCCGGAGCUCUGUCGGCAGGUCUGUGGCACUGAGGUGGGCUGCAGUAACAUCGCCUACCCCAAACUCGUGGUGACCAUCAUGCCCAACGGUCUGCGCGGGCUGCUGUUAGCCGUGAUGCUAGCUGCGCUCAUGUCCUCGUUGGCCUCCAUCUUUAACAGCAGCAGUACACUCUUCACUCUGGACAUCUGGACCAGGCUCCGCCCCCGAGCGACAGAGAGAGAGCUGCUCAUCGUGGGCAGAGUGUGGGUGCUGUGUAUCGUAGCGGUCAGUAUCUGCUGGAUCCCUGUGGUCCAGGCGUCUCAGAGUGGACAGCUCUUCGACUACAUCCAAUCAGUGUGCAGCUACCUGGCCCCGCCCAUCGCCGGCGUCUUUCUGCUCGCCGUGUUCAUCAAGAGAGUCAACGAGAAGGGGGCGUUCUGGGGUCUGAUGGGAGGUUCCAUUUACAAACAUCAGUCCAGUGACACUGAGAGAAAUCUGGACGUGGGCGUGGCCUGUGACGCAGACUCUGGGAUAAACGCGCUCUGUUCUCAGAUUAACUCCUCGUUCACCAAACCCUCAGAGGAGAUCUUCAUCGCUCCUCCUCCUUCCUCCUCCUCCUCCUCUUCCUCUGCCGCCGUGAACGGAGCUCCGCCCUGCACCAUCCCCCCCCUGCUGCCGCCUCCUCCAGCACCUCCUCAGGCCACGUCGACCUGGGUGCAGCCGGACGCGCCUCUGCAGUCUCCUCCCCACGCCGCCUCCUCUUCCGCUCCUCUCGGCCACAAACGGACCCCGUCUGAAGCUGAGCGCUGGCUGGAGGAGGUGUCUAAAGCCGUGAAGGCCCAGCAAACUCCUCCCCCCGCCCCCGCGUCUGUCCAUUCCGCACCUGUGCUCCACCCUACGCCCGUCAGCUCCGCCAUCACCGCUGUUCCAACCAGUGUUCCAACCAUUCCCACCAUCCCUGGACCUCCGUCGACCCUCUCCAAAGCGUUACCUCCUCUCUCAGGACAACCACAAACUCCUCUUCCACCUCUUCCUCCUCUCUCCCUCCCCUCCGUCCCGUUAAUCCCCGCUCCUCCCAUCACCGGACCUCCGAUGUCACUCCCCUCGAUGUCGGUUCCAACCAUGUCCGGUCCGAGCAUGUCCGGCGCUCCCAUGAUCCAACCAGGUCCACUCCCGAGCACGAUGCAACCUUUUCCGUUAGCGUUCGAUGCUAAUCCUGCUCCUGUGGGGAUUUUCGGAAGUCCACCGGUCCAACCCGCGUUCGUCCCGAUGCAGACGUACAUGCCGGGUUUGGCUAGCAGCAUGACGUACCCAAAUGUGGUACCCAUUGUGGGAAUCACGCCGUCGCAGAUGGUGGCUAACGUCUUUUGCACCGCUACUCCUCCUUCGUCUUCAACCAAAAUCGGAGCGGGCAACGUGACUCACUCCUACGCGUCUCCGCCCCACUCUGCCGGAUUUGCGUCGCCAGCUUUUCCCGCUUCGAGUAACGGCGUCGCGGGGCUAGCAAACGGAUCAAACGCUAGCGGGAGCACGGUUAGCGCGACCGCAUGGCCGCCGGAGGGAAGCCAGCUAACGACGAGCACAGUGAAUCCGCCAGAAGAUGACCGGUUUGAGGCGAAGUGGGCGGCGCUAGAGACCAAACCUGGGACGAAUGCUAACAGUGCUACAAAUGCUGCUGCUAACGCUACUGCUAAUGCUGCUGCUGCUAACCCUUUUUCCAAUAACCUGCAGAAGACUUUUGAAAUCGAGCUCUAAAAUCGCGUCUCCCAUAGCAACGUCCGGCACUACGUUUCUUAUUACGGGAUGAAAAAUGGAACUUUAGAUCUGGCGGCGUCCAUCACCGCGGCAACAGCGAGAAAAGCUUUCUACGGAUUUAAAGGUGCAGUUUGUAGAUUUUGUCGUUUCAUUUAUUUCUUGCGUUCUGACUUUAUUUACAAGCUUAUAAUUAACAAAACGGGUCGCCACAGCUGAGACGUGGCCGCCGAUAUUUGGAAACGGCAAUUCAAACACAAUCGUCCAAUCAGAUUUGUUCAUUUCAGUGACGCGUGUGAAACGAAGCAGCUCAUUGGUCGCUCGUUAUUCACAAACAAAAUGACAUUUCCCUCUCGUCAGAUUCACAGUUCAGUCCUUCGCUCACUGAUUCUGCCGCAAUCCUCCAUGUUUUUCCAGUCCCGCCAUAUUUUUGCCCGUUCUUUCUUCCUCGUAAGCCGCCAUUUUUGUUUUGACACGGACAGACCGCGCGUGUCCCUGAUUGGCUGAUCCACCUGUCAAUCACGCCCAUCUGAACACGGCGAGAUUCAGCAAUGACCAGACUCGCAUUUUCAGGAAGUAAAACCACUUCUACAAACCGCACCUUUUCAAAUCUGAUCUUUCCAGCUGCCGGCGGCGGACGCUAGCUUAAACUUGACAAACUAGACUCGCGCUUUUGGACCUACGUUUCUUGCUUUACUUCCUGCGGUCCCUGAUGUAUGGAUGUACCGUGAGAGCGCCCCCUAGAGGACCUCGCACGCUUUUCUUUCUUUAAAUGGGACUUUGAAAGAUCCAUUCCACUAGAUUUUCCUUUUCACCGGACCCUGAGUGGCCGCAGCGCACGAGACUGACGAUUAGGAGCUUUAGAGAUGUACGGCCAAAUGUAUUUUAUUUAUUUUUGAGUUUUAUGAAUGAAAUUUUUAAUGCAGUGUUUAAGAUUUCUAUUAUUUUUUAUCCCCUAUUUAUUUUAUUUUAAUCAUGAGAAUGAGGGAAAUCGCUCUGACAGCAUGAAUGACGACUUUAACCAAAUAACACGGGCCUUGGGCUACACAGACUGACGCUAAAGUUCAUAUUUACAGUUUGUGUUUUUGAUGGAAAAUGCUGUCUUCCAUAUUUGACCUAGCCUUUCAUGUCUCUGGGUUAAACCUGCAUUUGACCCAUUAUUCAAAGUCUCUGGGACCAGAUCUGAGCCAGGAUCCUGGGAAAUCUGAGAACUAGCGAGGCUGUUGAAGGUGCAGGCCUCUUCCCGCGCGCAUCGAACUUGUUGCUAACGCUAGCGGGGGGGAAAAAAGGCGCCUCAUUGUUGUGCUAUUAACGUUCUUAUCUUGAUUUAGGGGCAAAAUAGUGAAAUAAAAACCCCAGGAUCAUGCAGAGCGGGUAAAUAUGAGCAGCUCAAAGGAACCACUUCGCAAACAUGCUACGCGACGGCUAGCACGUUAGCAAUUUUUUUUGUACAGUUUAUGGGCAGGAUCCAUGUCAGGUUUUGCGCAUGUUUUAGAUUGAAUCAAAGGAAACCCACACAGACACAGGGAGAACAUGCAAACUCCACGUUGUAAAACCCUGGACUCCCUCACUGUAAGGUUAACCACUCUGCCACUGAUUGGGCUGCAUGAAAAAACACGGAUAUAGAAUUGGCUGAACCAGGACAGUAGAGGAAGAGACGGCACGGUUCAGUCCUGAAGACCCGGUUCAGACCUGGUUCAGACCUGGUUCAGUCCUGGUUCAGACCUGGUUCAGACCUGGUUCAGACCUGGUUCAGACCUGGUUCAGACCUGGUUCAGUCCUGGUUUAGUCCUGGUUUAGUCCUGGUUCAGACCUGGUUCAGACCUGGUUUAGUCCUGGUUUAGUCCUGGUUCAGACCUGGUUCAGACCUGGUUUAGUCCUGGUUCAGACCUGGUUUAGUCCUGGUUUAGUCCUGGUUUAGUCCUGGUUCAGACCUGGUUCAGACCUGGUUUAGUCCUGGUUUAGUCCUGGUUUAGUCCUGGUUUAGUCCUGGUUUAGUCCUGGUUCUGUUCAGUGUACAUAUGGCAUGUUUGUUUUCUCUUAAACUGCAGACGAGGGCUUCAGGUUCCCUCCGACGUUCGAGACUCAGCACAAAACGAGUAAAGCACCAAAAAACAUCACUGUGCACAACCACAGGGUACCACGGUAACCACGGUAACCACUGUGCACACCCUCACAGCGACAGGGUACCACGGUAACCACUGUGUCACAACAAACCAGUCUAUCCAAAUGAGGAAGAGGAAAAGGAAGGAAGGGAGGAAAGGAAGAGUCAUUAAGAUCCUGUGAGGUUUAAGUCAUUCACACACGUUUGAGUCACACUUUAUUAUUAGUCUGUCACAUCUCCAAACCUCAAAACGCUCUGUCCCACCUCGUGAUGUCAUCAAGUGGUAGUUUUCAAGUUAACUCUUCCUCCUUUUACCUUUAGUUCAGUCGAGAUCAGUGGCAACUCCAGAAAUUGGCUGAAAUGAUUCUAUAAAUGAAGGUGUGUGGAGUUUAAAAACACAGCGGAGCACUUCCUGUAUCACCACACGAUGACAUCACGAGGUGGAACAGAGCGUUUUCAGUUUGAGUUUGGCAGAUGUGGACACGGCCUUAUAUCUGUCUGAAGGGAGGAGCUAACUACACCGAAACUCUAAACAGCUAUUGUCUCCAGUUUCACCCUUAAUGGCCCUAUUCAACCUUUAAUGACCCCACUAUUGUUCUCUUUGUUUCAUUUGUUUGCUUUGGGUCUGUGGGUGGAGUUAUAGACGGGGGAGGGAUGAUGUCUGGGGCCCCUGUUACUGUUUAAGGAAGGAUUGUCUUUCCGAAACAAAAAUAGCUUCUUUAAGGC